AUGAAGAUCAAGAGGCCCAAUACCCAACAAAGAAAAAUCAUAAUAGCCAUUGCACUACAGACAUCAAACGUUAUUCCAACUCUCGGAGAUGCCACAUGUACAGAUCUUGACAUAAUUGUUAAGCUAACUGAUCUCAACCCCCAAACUUUGAGAAGACUUGAUCUCGACGCCUAUACAAACGACUUUCGAAACAACAGAAGACGAUUCAUGACCAGCAAAGAGCAUUUCAUGCCCUAUUUGCUACCGCGAGCUUGGCACCGAUGGAGAAAUUAA